AUGCGUAUGUUGCGAUGGUCGGGAGGAGUGACACUCAAGGACAAGGUGCGCAAUGAACACAUAAGAGGGAGCUUCAAGGUCGCAGAAAUAGCUGAAAAAGCAAAAGAGUCCAGGCUGAGACGGUACGGUCAUGUGAUGCGAAGACCAGAUGACCAUGUCGUAAAAAAGUGCCUUUCCAUGGAUACUAAGAAGCGGGGGAAGGGAAGACCACCAACAACGUGGUUAACGAAGGUCCAUAAGGACCUGAAAGAUAAGGGCAUGACAGACGAUGACGCAAAGGAGCGUACAAAAUGGCGCCACAUGAUUGGGAAAGCUGACCCCGUAUAA